GCGGAGUGGGGUCUGCGCCGGAAGUGUAUCGCGUAUAGUAAAUAAGCACCGAAAGACAAGAAAGGCUUGGUCUCCAUCUUGACGGUCUGUUCUUGUGACGUUGUGGAGAUGGGGAGCGUCCUGGGGUUGUGCUCCAUGGCGAGCUGGAUACCAUGUUUGUGUGGUAGUGCCCCAUGUUUGCUGUGCCGAUGCUGUCCUAGUGGAAACAACUCCACUGUAACUAGAUUGAUCUAUGCACUUUUCCUUCUUGUUGGAGUGUGUGUAGCUUGUGUAAUGUUGAUACCAGGAAUGGAAGAACAACUGAACAAGAUUCCUGGAUUUUGUGAGAAUGAGAAAGGUGUCAUCCCUUGUAAUAUUCUGGUUGGCUAUAAAGCUGUAUACCGUUUAUGCUUUGGCUUGGCUAUGUUCUAUCUUCUCCUGUCUUUACUAAUGAUCAAAGUGAAGAGCAGCAGUGAUCCUAGAGCUGCAGUGCACAAUGGAUUCUGGUUCUUUAAAUUUGCUGCAGCAAUUGCAAUUAUUAUUGGAGCAUUCUUUAUUCCAGAAGGAACUUUUACAACUGUCUGGUUUUAUGUAGGUAUGGCAGGUGCCUUUUGCUUCAUUCUCAUACAGCUAGUCUUACUUAUUGAUUUUGCUCAUUCAUGGAAUGAAUCAUGGGUUGAAAAAAUGGAAGAAGGGAACUCAAGAUGUUGGUAUGCAGCCUUAUUAUCAGCUACAGCUCUGAAUUACUUGCUGUCUUUAGUUGCUGUCGUCCUAUUUUUUGUCUACUACACUCAUCCAGCCAGUUGUUCAGAAAAUAAGGCGUUCAUCAGUGUCAACAUGCUCCUCUGCAUUGGUGCUUCUAUAAUGUCUAUACUGCCCAAAAUCCAAGAAUCCCAACCUAGAUCUGGGUUGUUACAGUCUUCUGUAAUUACAGUCUACACAAUGUAUUUGACAUGGUCCGCUAUGACCAAUGAACCAGAAACAAGUUGCAACCCAAGUUUACUAAGCAUAAUUGGUUAUAAUACAACAAGCACGAUCCCAAAGGAUGGCCAAUCUGUCCAAUGGUGGCAUGCUCAAGGAAUUAUAGGACUAAUCCUCUUUUUAUUGUGUGUAUUUUAUUCAAGCAUCCGUACUUCCAACAAUAGUCAAGUUAAUAAAUUGACUCUAACAAGUGAUGAAUCAACUUUAAUAGAAGAUGGUGGAGCCAGAAGUGAUGGAUCACUGGAGGAUGGUGAUGAUGUUCACCGAGCUAUAGAUAAUGAAAGGGAUGGUGUCACUUAUAGUUAUUCCUUCUUUCACUUCAUGCUUUUCCUGGCUUCACUUUAUAUCAUGAUGACCCUUACCAACUGGUACAGGUAUGAGCCCUCUCGUGAGAUGAAGAGUCAGUGGACAGCUGUCUGGGUGAAAAUUUCUUCCAGCUGGAUUGGCAUUGUGCUGUAUGUUUGGACGCUGGUAGCGCCAUUGGUUCUCACAAAUCGUGAUUUUGACUGAAUGGGACUUUGGCAUGAAAGUCCCAUGUGGAUCACUACUUAUUUGAAAUAACAGUAUUCUCAAUUUUUGUAAAGUUGUGUACGUGUGUGUUUCCCAUGUGACUUUUCCCAUGUUGUUCUGGCAUGAAUUAGAUUUUACUGCUUGCCAUUUUUUUCCUUGCCAAGUGCACUGACACAAGAAUCUGAAUGAAUAACAAGGGAGAGUUCUGUGAGUGUGGUGGUGAGUUAGAAAAAGUGGACAUUGUUAGGCUUAUCCUCUGUACUGUACCUGUGAAAAUAAGAGUAAAAACAAGACUAUUUGACAGUUGAACUUUAAAACUGUAUUAGAUCUGAAGUUUUAGGAAGCAUAAAUACAAAUGAGUAGCUGCCUUUUGAAUACUUUGUUUUUUUCCUUACAGGGGAUUGCAAAGAACGUAGCUAUUCUAAAAUUGAAUAAACAAAUCACUUAAAUGCCAAUUGUCUGAAAAAUUUUGUCAAGUUUUCCCAUUGCUGUGAAGAUCAGAAAUUUAUCCGUGGAUAGUAGUGUUUAUUGUAGGUUAUAAGUGAAGAUAGAGGGAUAAAGUCUUUAAAGAAAGAAAGAUUGGUGGUGCUGGGUAUGAAAUUGAGUAUCUAGUGAGAGUAUAAUAUUCCUUUGCUAGAGAGGGCUUUCACUAAUAAAAUAAACUUAGUUUUGGUCAUUAUAAAGCCAUGUAAAAGUAUGGGUUCAAUGGACUGUGAUGAUAGGAACUCCAAAGGAUUGAGGCAGGUUUUGAUAAACAUAAAUCAUGGGUUAGAAAGUUAAUCAUGUUAAAAGUUUUGUAAACAAAGGUAUGAUACAUUUUUUACAAGGCAGGAAGAAACUCCAAAACACAAUACUGAGGUAGGUACUCAAGAAAAUCUACUAUAGUAUUCUCAUUUUUAAAAUGAAACUGAAACACAUAAAUAGCUCACAGCUACUUAGUGGCAAAGCUGAGAAAGUUCAAGUCUGCCCAAAAUAGCAUUCUCUGUUACAUUAAAAAUAAUUUCUGUUCCAAAUACAUGAAUAGUUGAUUUUACACUUCAUUAGUUAUGGGUAAUUUGUGUGAUGUGGAUUGCUGGUGUCCAGCAUACCUUUUAUCCCUAAGUUGGGGCCAGGAGAAUGAUGGACUGUUAUAGAAUAAACUCCUGCUUAUAGUACACUGCAUAGUUCAAAAUAAGUUUAAAAUGCUUUUGUAUUUACUGCCAUGUAAGUGAAAAAUGUUGUUAUAAUCUUUAAAUCUGAAAAUCAAGCAGUAUGACAGUUAACUUAGAAACUCCUAGUUAUUUGUACAUGUCAUUAGAGUCUAAAGAAGCUUUGAAAAUCUCCAUUUGCGUCUUUAAAAAUAUUUAUUAAUGUAAAUGAAAUAAUAAUUCAACUUAACUCCUCAACCUUAUUCUGUGUGUUGAUUUUGUGUUCCACAAUUUUGGAUGGCUGUGUUAUUGCAAAAUAAAUAAAUUCAGAGGAAA